CACGGUGAAAGCUCUCCCCCUCUAUAUCUACCUUCUUCCUGCUUCAGACUUUCAAUACGAUCUUGGGGACACUUGAUUGGUUCUUCAACGGAACUUGAUUUUCCCAAGUUAAGUUGGUGAGCGGCAUCAUGAACUGUGAGGUCUGCCACCUUAAGGAACUGGAUGUGGAACACUUCGAGAUACGGGAAGUACUACGGUGUAUACUACACACAGUUGUGUUUCAUAGAGCUUUAGGUCUUGUACGGCCCAGGGAUAUUGAUUCCGAACUUUUUGACAUUACUUAUGUUCAAUGUGGAGAUGCUGAACUCGAAAAGAAGAUUGAGGAUAAAAUAGACCAGUUCAUUGGUUGGGUGGAAAAGCACCCAAAUAAGAAAAGUCAGAUUUGCCUAUCUUUCUAUGAGGUGAAAAAUAAGCAGGCUACUUGGUUCAGCAACAAAAUUGAACGCUUGUAUUGGGAACAAUGGUAUAUCAAUUUGAAUGUAGCACAACACCCAAAAGCACACUCCAGCAAGUCUCAUCACUCCAAACUGGUAGUAGAUCCAGGAGAAAGUACAUCAGAUGAGAGAAGUGUUCGCCGAGCAACCCUUGAAGCAGCUCUCCGUGAGGUCUUGUUUCAGAUCAUUAAAUUUGUCAAUGAAAAAAGAGAUCACAUCCCCCCUGUACCACCAAAUAAUGAGGGUGUCUCAUUUCCUUAUGAAAUCACAAUUCCAAGCAGUUCAUCAGAUUCUUCAUUUGGAAUGGACAUGUUCAAGAGGAUGCUCCAAACUGGACACCCAACCAUGCUCAGUUGACCUUCUUAGAUUGUCAAUCAGAUAUGCAUUACGACACAUUGGACUCUGUAAAUAUUGUGCAGGAGGUUACCGAGAUGGGUGAGUUGUGCCUUGGAAAAGGAGAAGAGGUUUGUAUAUACAUUUUCUAUAUGGUGAGCCUUUUCCUUUUCUACUUUGUUUGCUGAAGAAAGGGUGGGGCCUUCACUGACUUUACCAAGAUAUGUAUGUAUCUUUUCGGAGAUCCAGAAUUUAUUUAAUGCAAAAUUUUCA